AUCGCGAACGGAGCAGACGUCGAGUUGUGUUUUGGGAAUUAGAGACGCUAGAGCGCUAGCGAUAAAGGAGGAAAAGCGGCGGCCUCUUUGAAACAUAUCUGAUAGUACACAGACGUAUAUAUAUACACAUAUUCCCGGUUAUUACAUUAGCAACUGUGUGUGUGGAGUCGGGAAAACUGUGAGAAAACCCGCGAGUGUCGCGACCUCGGAAGGAAGCUGUGUGCUGGCGGCCAUGAGGCGAUUCAAGUGUUCCGUGUUCUUGUAUCUUUUCCUGAUCUUGGACACCGGUGGCCAUGCCUUCAGCAUCAUCGGCCUCAACAAGCAGAUGCUGUACGAUUAUGAGGGCAAUGUCCUGGUGGGUGCGAAGCCCCAGGACGAGGGUCAUCCCUCGCCACCCACCUCCGGCUGGAUAGUGCGCGGAAAGCUCACGUUACAGCGGCAGAGCGAGCUGGUCCUGGCAGCGGCGCUGGUCAUUGACGAUGUAACGUUGAACAACUCCGGUGAGAAAUUCCUGCAGAACAAGGAGAUGUACCCGCCCUACAAGCCCUUCAAGAUAGUCCUCACGCCGGAGGGCGCCAUCUCGCAUGUGGUCUUCAAGGAAGCGGAUCCCAUUUGGAGCAUGAACUUUAAGCGGGCCAUUGCCUCCGUGCUGCAGUUCCAGAUGAAGUCCAGCGGGGCAUUUGUUGUGGAUGAGCUUGGUAUCCAUGGCACCUGCCGCACAGAGUAUUUUGUGUCCAACAAGACCAGCUAUAUCUCCAUCCGCAAGACGCCGGAGCUGAAGACCUGCCAGCCCUACUCGGAGGCGGUGCACACCACUCGGAGCAACGUGCCGCCGAAUACUUGCGAAUAUGACCACCAGAAGAGCGUGAUCAUCGGCAACGAGGCCGUCUACGGAAUGCUGCCGCACAACGAGACGGGCUAUUUCUUGAGCACGGCCCACGCCAAGGGUACCACCCUGAUCCACACAUUCGAGUCCACCGGGGAGGCGCAGUUCAUCAACUCGGAGCUGCUGCUCAACUUCCAGAACGAGACGCCCAUAGACAAUCCCAUCGAUAUUGAAACGUCAAUGGGGCCAGAGCCCUCCAAUCUGGAAUUACAACCGCUGGACCCCAACGAUCCGACAGGCGGAAGGAAUCCUCAGCAGCAGGAAACGCUGGUUGCCCAGGCGGGCUCUCUGCUGGACAUCUUGGCGGAGGGUCUCGAGAGCACGGAAUUUAAGUUCUCCGAGCCGUACGAUUCAACGCUCUCGGACGUGAUCAAGUUACUCAGCGAGAUGGACUUCGAUUCGCUGACCAAGCUCUACCGCGAGGUGGACAUCGGCACGUCGUACCGCCAGGAGACAAUCCGAAAUAUCUUUCACGAAAUUAUACCACGCAUCGGAACCAAGGCCUCGGUCUUUCUCACCCAUCACCUGGUGGUGAAUAAAAUGACCAAGCCGCAGAUAGCAGUGCAGCUGCUUAUUCCAAUGCCCUUUCACAUUUUCGAACUCUCCGCGGAGCUGGUGCACAAGUGCGAAGAUUUCCUCAAGAUUGGGCCGGAUCGCUCGGAUGUGCGACAGGCAGCCAUCCUCAGCUAUGCCACCCUCAUCCACAACGUGUACGUGGCCAAGGGCAUCGACAAGGAAGAGUUUGAGGAGUAUGUCCAGAAGUAUUUCAAUGCCUAUCUGAGCGAUCGCGACUUCGACCAGAAGAUGCUGUACCUGCAGGGUCUGAACAACCUUCAGUUGGGCAGCGUGGCCGACUACCUGGAGCCCAUCGUCCAGGAUCCCAACGAGCACGAGGAUCUCAAGUUCCAGGCAGCCUGGACGACUUUGGCGCUGGCAGACAGUCGGGCGGAGCGCAUUUACGAGAUAUACUGGCCAAUCUUCGAGUCUCGCAACGCCAGCCUGGAGCUCAGAGUGGCGGCAGUCACCCUACUACUAAUCUCCAAUCCCACUGCUGCUCGUCUGAUCAGCAUCCAUCGCAUCAUCCAGAGCGAGACGGACCCGCACAUGAUCAACUACUACAGGACAACGGUGACCAGCAUAUCGGAGACGACCUAUCCCUGCUACCAAAAGCUACGCCGCCUUCUGUCCUACAUGCACCGCCAUCUGCCCAAAAAGCCGGAACCACGCUAUUGGGUCACCGGCAACUACAUCUUCGACUACCGCGACUCCAAGUUCGGAAUCGGAGCGAUGCUGCAGGUCUUCCUCGUAGGCGAUCCCAAGUCUGAUAUGCCCGUGGUGGCCUUCUUCAAGUUCGACACCGAGGCACUCGGCAAGUUCACGGGUCAACUGGCGCUGUACAUCAAAGCGCGCGGUCUGCCGGAUACCAUCCUGAGCAAGAUGCAGUCGAGGAAUGACACCGAACCGUUCACCUUCAAGAGCAUCAAGACUCUUCUGGCCAUGCUGCAGGCACCGAUCGUCAACUCCAAGGACCUGCACCUGGAGUUCAUCCUGCAGAUGGAGGGCAAGACGGUUCUCUCUUACUACCUCAACCAGCGCAUGUUCCGCCAACUGACCUACGACAACAUUCUGGAGCGGAUGCAGCAGAUUAUACGGACGGACAGUCACAUCAAUAUGCAGACGGUGCGAUGGCCUUUCAUGAACCGCUACUCAGUACCCACUGUGCUGGGCACCUCCUCGGACGUCCUGCUGCAGACCACGGUCCUGACUUCACUGCGCGGCAAUAUAACCGAGCAGCGCACUCCGCCGAUAUCGAAGCAUACAUUAGAGAUCGAUGCCCGAUACUCGUCGUACGCCUCAGUGCGCAGUCGCAGCUAUAAUCCGUUCCUGAACCUGGACCACGAGAUCAACCGGGAGCAGGGCUUCCUUAUCUACAUCCCCUUUAGCAGCGAGCUAAACCUCAAUGAGAGCGGCAGUAAGUGCCGGCGCUACUCCUUCUCACGGCCCCAGAACCUGACCAGCGGCCUGUCCUUUAAAUCGCGAGCUGUGACCAAGACCAGGGGUUUGAUAACCAAGACAGCGGCGGCGCCCUUCGAGGAGAUCAUGUUGCCCGAGAGUCGGAAUGAUGUGGUCCAGCUUUUCAAUUACUCCAUGCCCGAUUUUGGGGUACAGAUGGGCAUCCACACGAACCUCAACGAGCUGAUCAAGUACCGAGGGAUGCUACUCAAGUCCGAGUUCACGGAAAAUGGCUUCUCCGGCAACAUGGUGGUCAAUGUCCUGAUGUACGUUUUUGGCUUCACCCAGCUGAGCUCCAUUCACCUGGGACACGAUCGGAACUUUACCAUGCUACUGUACAACGAAAAGGCCACCAGAAUCGAGGGCAACUUUUGUACGGAGGAUGUGUUAAAGACGUCCGAGCUCAAGGGGAAGUUAAUUGGCCUAACCCUUGAGCACACAGAUAACCAACUGGAGGCGCAUCCCGCCGAGGAGUCGGCUCAUGUGAAUGCUCUGCACAGAUGGAACAUCACCCUGGACGUCCAGGGCUCGACGAAAUCCAACUGGUUUAAGGUGAUUGGCCAGAUACAACGCAACUCAAAGGAUGACGAGGAAGACUGGAAGGCCUGCACCAAGUUGACUUACGAGCCUCUGGUAUUCACCAAACGACCUCACACACUCAACGGCAAUGUGGUGUUCGGCGUGGCCACAGUGGAGGGUGAGUGCCCGGAGAAGGGGUCUGCAGUGCAGUUUGCAGCUCGAGCUGGGCCAUCAGAGCAUGCCCGUGCCUUCCUGAGCUCCGAGACGAGUUCGCUUUCCGACUUCUGUCCCAAGGAGGUGCUGAAGUUCUCGCCAAUUCCCACGUCCAAGUACUGCAAGCGUAGCAAUUUCGAGAACUUUACAUCGAUCACGCAGUACGACAUGGACCUGAAGUUCAAUAAUAUGCCCGCCUGGUUCGAAUUGUGGUCUAACCGACUGGACCAUCUGGUUUCCGCCUUAUCCGCCGAUAAAGUGGACAGCUUGCACAUGGGCGAGGAGAUCAAUAUCUCCAUGCACACACCCCACGACUACUUCAGGCUAGCGGUAGAGGUCAACGGGGCCAAGUGGCGCUUCCACCAGAUUCCCUUCUUGUACAAACUGGACUCCAAGUUUGAUGCCUCCCACGAACUCACCUACGACUCGGGUCUGAAGCGCUCCUGCUCAGUGAUCAGCGGGAUGGUCAGCUCCUUUGAUGAUUACCUAAUUAAUCUGAAGGAGAUUGAGACGCGCCCACAGUGCCUAACUCUUCUGGUGGCCGAUUGCUCGCCGCAGCCGCGAAUGGCCGUAUUUGUGACGCCAUCGGCUGAAAAUGGAUUGGCCGGCAACUUUGGAUUGCGCAUUCAUAUAGGUCAGAAUUUCUUCGAUUUGCACUCUAGAAGCAACAGCAGCCAGCCCACCACGACUGAGCCAGUCUUCAUCUAUCUCAACCAGGACCAAACACCGCACGAUGUGCGCCAGAAGCCCUACCAGUGGCCCCUCGAGGCUAGCGACUACGAUUUUCGCGUGGAGCUGAACGAACAAAAUAUCCUGAUCGUGGAGUGCACGCAGCUGAGUUCCACCAUUCAGUUCGACCUGUACAAUAUCCUCAACUUCGAGAUAUACGGCUUGUACAAGCACCAGAUGUGCGGCCUCUGUAGCAAGCCGGUGAACCGCAUGCAGAACUACACGAUCUGCGAGCUGGAGUCGAGUAGCACCCCAACGCCCGUCCAGCUGCCAAAGUCCUCCUCCGACGUAGUUGUAGUCGCAUCCUAAGCAUAAUGUGUGUGUUUAAUCUAAAAUAAAAAGGAAGAAGAGGCCCAGCAGAAGGGGAGAACAUGCAAA